UCCAUUCUCAACCCUUUCUCCAUUCUCCCAUACUAUGGAUCGUCCUCCCAUCCCCGCCGCUCUCCCACCCGCUCACGGAGGAGACGCCGCUGAUGCCGCCAAGCACGGCAAGAAGCGCGGCAGUUACAACUGCGGCCGCUGCGGCCUCCCGAAGAAGGGCCACAACUGCACCGUCAAAACCCUCGCCUCCACCGCCGAUGCAACUCCCGAUUCGUCUCUCUCCGUUGUCUCCGUCCCUUCCGCGGCCGCGCCCAGUCUCCGAAAGCCUUCGUCGAAUCUCCGUCGCGCGCUGUCGUUCGACGAUCUUGAUGAACGUCUUCCCGUUGUCGAUCGGUCCGAACCAGAUGAAGAAGUGGAUUCGGAUGUGUUCGAUGAGACCGAUCCGGAUCUGGAUCUGGACGCCGAUGCGUGCGGGCUGCCGGCUAGGCUCCUGUGGGAAGUGAUGAGGAGGCUGCCGCCGCCGGGGCUGUUGUCCGCCGCGAAGGUUUGUAAGGGAUGGAGGGAUACGGCGAAGAGGAUGUGGAGAGCGGCCGAGGAAUUGAAAAUUAGGGUUCCGGCUAAUGUUCCUGUCGGAUUUGUUGCCUCGAUGUUGCAAAAGUGUCCUGGGAUUGUGAGACUCUCGCUUAGAAUGGAGAGUGAUUUUGAUUCAACUAUGUUGGCUUGCAUUGCCUUCUCGUGCCCUAAUCUCGAGUGUAUGGAGAUCUUGACGUUUGAUACUGCAACCAUUCGGAUCAAUGGAGAUGAAUUAGGCCGAUUUGUUGCUGAUAAAAAAAGCCUCAAAAGCCUCAAGAUGGAAGGUUGUUCUAACCUGGGUGGUUUUGUCCUGUGUUCGUCUAGUCUUUCUACACUCUGGCUAUCAGAUCUGCACUCUCUCUCUAAGAUGGUAUUUAAUUGUCCCCAGUUGAGAGAGGUUUCCUUGGAGUUUUCUUGCCAAGAGAAUGAUAGUACGGAUCUCAAAACUAUGAUUGAAGGUUUGGGAAGAAGUUGUCUGAGAUUGCAAAACAUACAUAUAGCUUCGAUAUGGCUUUCACACUCUGCCGUGCUUGCUCUUACAGCUGCUCAGUUGAGGGGGCUGCGAAUGCUUUCUCUCGUUCUUGGAUCCGAAAUCACUGAUGCAUCUGUUGCUGCCAUUGCCUCAAGCUAUCCAAAUCUUGAAUUGCUUGAUCUCAGUGGAUCUGGCAUUAGUGACAGUGGCAUUAGUAUGAUUUGCAAUGUGUUCCCUGAUACAUUGACAAGACUCCUUCUUGCUCUUUGCCCUAAUGUGACUUCAAGUGGUAUUCAAUUUGCUACGUUUCAGUUGCCACACCUUGAAAUUAUGGACUGUGGCAUGACCAUAUGUGAUCCUAAUAUGCAAAAUCCAACUGCGGAUGAAAACAACUGCAAAUUGCAGAAAACAUCUGCCGCUAAUGUACACUUUACAAACCAAAAGCUAAUCAUCAAGCAUAGCCGUUUAAAGAAACUCAGUUUAUGGGGUUGCACUGGCUUAGAUGCCCUAUACUUGAACUGCCCACGACUCAUUGAUCUGAAUCUAAAUUCUUGUUCAAAUUUGCAUCCUGGGAGACUGUUGCUCCAGUGCCCCAAUUUGGAAAAUGUUCAUGCAUCAGGUUGUCAGGAUAUGUUAAUAGGGGCCAUCCAAAGUCAGGUCCAUGAUGCUUCUGCUGAUAUGGAAAACCAUUCACCUUCUAAACGUCUACCUGAUGGUUCCAAAAGGAUCCGGGUUCCACAUUUACUCAGUGAAGAGUCCCCUGAACCUGAAAAAAAACGAAGGAGGAUCGAGAGACAGCUUUGUAAUGUACUUCUGGACUGAAAUUUGUAUUCCCUCUUAACACUGAGUCUAAUGUAUACAUGUGCGAUGUCGUACCUUAUUUAAAUUCCAGAUGCAUUUAUGCAUCCCUAGUUACCAAACAGGUCAUAGCCUUUCUAGUUAGGCUCUCAAAUUGGCACCCUAGAACUGUCUUCUUAUUAGAGGUGUUCAUGUUAAACAUAUUUGUUGUAUGAUAUUUGGAUGACUGUCUCAUUUUUUAAUAAAAUUUAAUAUUUUUUUAUGGAGGCAACA